CUCACCAGUAUCUCCUCAAAUCUCCAAUACAUGACAGAAUUUGAGAUUCGUGCACUCCAUCGUGCAUUCAUAUCUCAAAGUUUGACGCGUGCUAAUACCAUCUACCGUCAUGUUCGCGAACUUUCUCGCGAACAAGGGCAUAGUCUGUAAAUUCCUUCCCUCUCGUGCGAUCCGCUUCCCCGACUUCCCUCUCUUUCCCCACCUCCUCCUCCAUCACCGCUUCCGCCCUUCGCCUUUCCCACAAUUCAAGACCCUGGCCGAAAAACCUGGCUAUUUCCGUCGAUCAUCGCCGGAGAACCCAGAAAUCCGGUGAAAUCUAGACCCUUAGAAGGAGGAGGAGUCGAAAUCUUAGGGCUUGGCCGUCGGACCCCGCCUGCGGGGACUCGUGGAAGGGAGGCAUGUCGCUGAGGAUCAAGGCGGUGGUGGAUAAGUUCGUGAAGGAGCUGACGGAGGCUCUACAGGCAGACAUCCAGGAUCGCAUCAUGAAGGAGAGGGAGAUGCAGAGCUACAUCGACGAGAGAGAGCGGGAGGUCGCCGAGCGCGAGGCCGCGUGGAAGGCCGAGCUCUCUCGCCGUGAGGCAGAAAUUGCCCGUCAAGAGGCCAGGCUGAAGAUGGAGAGGGAAAAUCUAGAGAAGGAAAAGAGUGUCCUCAUGGGCACUGCAUCAAAUCAGGACAACCAAGAUGGUGCUCUUGAGAUCACUGUCAGUGGUGAGAAGUACCGGUGCCUUCGAUUCUCCAAGGCGAAAAAAUGAUAUUAUGAGACAAAUAAAGAGAAUAGAGCAUCCUGGUAUUUGUCCAACUAUCUUGGUGAUUAACAAGGACCAGGUAUAGAUAUUCCAAGGAUUGAAUUAGUUUUUGUCCAAGCAUCUUGGUGAUUAACAUUUGAUAUUGAAGUAGCAUUUAUAUUUGAUUUUUUGUAGAGAAAAUUGGCCUAAUAUGUUAAUGCAUAUUCUUUUUUUCUAAAGUUUGCAUUCUAUGAGAA